UCUUUCUUUGUCUGAUCCUGAAACUCUCAAAAUUCUAAAAUUUAUGUGAUACGGCCAUGUUAGAGCCUUCCACUUCUUCCUUAGGAGAAAAAGGAUGUUGCAGAGAGCAGCGAGCAAUGCGUAUUCAUGGUGGUGGGCCAGCCACAUCCGUACAAAGCAAUCCAAAUGGCUCGAACACAAUCUUCAAGAUAUGGAAGAGAAAGUGGAGUAUACUCUUAAGAUCAUAGAUGAAGAUGGAGACACUUUUGCCAAAAGAGCUGAGAUGUAUUAUCGUAAAAGGCCAGAGAUUGUUAAUUUCGUUGAAGAAGCUUUUCGAUCAUACCGUGCAUUAGCUGAACGCUAUGAUCAUUUGUCUAGAGAGCUUCAAAGCGCAAACCGCACAAUCGCCACUGCGUUUCCUGAACAUGUUCAGUUUCCUUUAGAGGAUGAUGACGAAACUGAAGAUUGCCAAGGGAAAAAACAACCGCAUCUUCAUCUGAUUCCCAAGGGAAGCAACAUCCCAGAGAUUCCAAAGAAAGAAUUCAGGAGUCAGUCUAUGAUGUUGUCAAGAAAAGGACCAGCUGGUCUGAAAAGGACAGUGUCUUCUGCUCUAGCGAAGCGGGAAGCUGCGGUUGUGAGUUCUGGGUUGAGUAAAGAAGAAGGGUUGGAGGAGAUUGAUAACCUUCAGAAGGGGAUCUUGGCGUUGCAGACGGAGAAGGAGUUUGUGAGGAGCUCAUAUGAACAGUCUUACGAGAGGUAUUGGGAUUUGGAGAAUGAAGUGACUGAGAUGCAGAAGAGAGUUUGCAGUUUACAAGAUGAGUUUGGUCUUGGUGCUGCCAUUGAUGAUAGUGAAGCUAGGACAUUGAUGGCGAGCACCGCUUUGAGCUCUUGUAAGGUUACACUAGCUAAGCUUCAAGAGAAACAGAAGCAAUCUGUUGAAGAAGCAGAGAUUGAGAAGGGAAGAAUCACUACUGCUAAAGAGAGGUUUAUUGCAUUGAGGAACAAAUUUGAGAAACCAGAAGGUCAUAAUCUUGAUGAGUUCAUUAAGACAGAAGAAGAAGAUGUGGUUCAAGAAUCGAGCUAUGAAUCUGAGAGAGAAGACUCAAAUGAGAAUCUAACUGUUGUGAAGCUUGCGGAGAAGAUUGAUGAUCUUGUGCAGAAGAUUGUUUCAUUGGAGAGCAAUGCUUCGUCUCACACUGCAUUGGUGAAGACAUUGAGAUCAGAGACGGAUGGUUUACAUGAACAUAUCCGUGGUCUAGAGGAGGAAAAUGCGUCUCUUGUUUCGGAUUCCGCGGAUAUGAAACAGAGGAUAACCAUUCUUGAAAACGAGCUGAGUCAAGUUAGAAAGCUAUUCCAAAAGGUGGAAGAUCAGAACAAGAGUCUACAGAAACAAUUCAAAGAAGCGAAUUGGACUGCUGAUGAUUUAUCUGACAAGUUACAAGAUGUAAAGAUGGAUGAAGACGUGGAAGGAGCCGGAAUUUUCCAGGAAUUGCCAACGGUUUCAGGUUUAGAAGAUUCUCGCGAUGAUGUAAAGUCAAUCUCAAAUGAGAUGGAAACGAGAACUAGUGUUGACAAAAAGAAGAAAGAUACCAAAGAGAGUGAAGGAGCUCAAGAAGAGAAACCUGAGAUUAAAGACUCGUUUGCUAUGUCAGAAACCGCAAGCACUUGUUUCGGAACAGAAGGAGAAGAACUAGUAACGGAAGACGAAGAUGAAGAGACACCAAACUGGCGACAGUUGUUACCAGAUGGGAUGGAGGACAGAGAGAAGGUUCUGUUAGAUGAUUACACAUCAGUGCUAAGGGAUUACAGAGAAGUAAAGAGAAAGUUAGGUGACGUUGAGAACAAGAACCGAGAAGGAUUCUACGAGCUGGCAUUGCAGUUAAGAGAACUCAAGAAUGCUGUUGCUUACAAAGACGUAGAGAUUCAGUCUUUACGCCAAGAACUAGAGAAACACUCUCCCCAUCAAGUAGAAGGAAAUAACCAGUUGGAACAUGAUCAAGGACAGCCUGAAAGCGUGAGCAUUUCACCAACUUCUAACUUUUCGGUUUCCACUACUCCGCAUUAUCAAGUAGGAGAGGUGAAGAGAACACCUGGAAGUACGAAGUCAAAUGAGGUUAGGGUGAAAUUUGCAGACGAUGAUGAUAGCCCAAGAACAAAGACUCCAGCUGUGGAAGACAAAGUGCGUGCAGAUAUUGAUGCUGUCUUGGAAGAGAAUCUUGAGUUCUGGUUAAGGUUUAGCACAUCGGUGCAUCAGAUACAAAAGUACCAGACAACAGUUCAAGAUCUAAAAUCAGAGCUAUCCAAGCUGAGAAUUGAAAGCAAGGAACAGCAGGAAUCUCAAAGAAGUAGUAGAGGUAAACAUGCAGCUGCAUCAGAGGCAAAACCUAUCUAUAGACACCUAAGAGAGAUUCGAACAGAGCUGCAACUAUGGCUAGAGAACAGUGCAGUUCUUAAAGACGAACUCCAAGGAAGGUUUGCGUCACUAGCUAAUAUCCAAGAAGAAAUUGCUAGAGUCACAGCUCACUCGGGUGGUACUAAAGUGAGUGAUUCAGAGAUUAGUGGUUACCAAGCUGCAAAGUUCCAUGGAGAGAUACUUAACAUGAAACAAGAGAACAAAAGGGUCUCAAGCGAACUUCAAUCAGGUCUUGAUCGUGUAAGAAUGUUGAAAACAGACGUAGAGAGGAUACUAAGCAAACUGGAAGAGCACAUUGGGAUCUCAAGUGCAACAGAAGCAAGAACUACUCCAAGCAAGAGCUCUUCAAGUGGGAGACCGAGGAUUCCAUUAAGGUCAUUCUUGUUCGGUGUCAAGUUAAAGAAGCAGACCAAACAGAAGCAAGCUUCAUCCUCUCUCUUCUCUUGUGUCAGUCCAUUUCCAGCUCCGCAACAAGUUAAACCUGGAAAGCUCCCUGAAUAA